UAAGCUCCCGAACAUCUGAACGACGUUUAUUUCAUAUUCAUUUAACUAAAAUCUGUUAGCUUAGAGAGCUUUGCUCUGUUGUUAGCUCUGUUCUUGGUCCCUGGCCAUGUCCGAGAGAGAGAGAGAGAAUGAGAAAAAGGCAUUAUUAAUGCAAAACGAAAGCAAAGAGAAUGGAAUUAGAAUGAUCCGUCACCUACACCUAACCCUCAGCCCAUCACUCCACAGCCUGUGAAAAAGUGUUCCUUAAGUUCAUCCACUGAAAAAUCAGUGAAGAACCCGACAAUUCAACAAUCAUCCCAUGUGGGUUUCUUCCAUCUCCCCCCUCUUCUUCAUAUCCUCCUCCUCCUCCUCCUCCUUCCUCCGCCAUUUCCCCCCCUCUCCUCCCACUUUCCCCACACACAAACCCUCCAUUUCCCUUCAUCAUCAUGUGGGAAUCUGAGAACGACUCCGUUGCUGCUCGAGAUUACGCCAAUGGCGUCCCCCACUCCGCCAAACACGCCCUCAAGACCGAUGGCUUCCAGCUCCGAGGCAACUCCUGGUACGCUUUCAUCAUCAUACCCCCCCCUCUGCUUCAAUUUUUGGUCUCUUCUUCUUCUUCUGAUGAACAUUUUGUCAAUGCCCUUUUCUUCUUUUCUUCUGUUUUGGGGGGGUUUUUGUGUUUGUUGUUCUUGUAGGUAUGUUUCCACUGAUAUCCCAAGUGACUUCUUAGUACAAGUUGAGGAUAUGAACUUCCAUUUGCAUAAGUAUCCUCUUCUUUCUAGAAGUGGGAAGAUGAACAGAUGCAUAUAUGAAUCAAGAGACCCAGAUUUGAAUAAGGUUGUUCUGGAUGAUCUUCCUGGUGGGGCGGAGGCUUUUGAACUUGCUGCUAAGUUUUGCUAUGGGAUAGCAGUUGAUUUAACAGCAGCUAAUAUCUCUGGCCUUAGAUGUGCUGCUGAGUAUCUAGAAAUGACAGAAGAUUUGGAGGAGGGUAAUUUGAUAUUCAAAACUGAAGCAUUUCUUAGCUAUGUGGUACUAUCUUCAUGGAGGGAUUCAAUAGUUGUGUUGAAAAGUUGUGAGAAGCUCUCACCAUGGGCUGAGAAUCUACAAAUCGUGCGACGAUGCAGCGAGUCGAUCGCUUGGAAAGCUUGUGCCAAUCCGAAAGGAAUUAGAUGGGCUUACACUGGGAAACCUCCCAAAGUUUCUAGUAGUCCUAAAUGGAAUGAUUUGAAGGAUUCAAGUCCUAGCAGGAAUCAGCUUGUUCCUCCUGAUUGGUGGUUUGAGGAUGUCUCAAUCUUGAGGAUUGAUCAUUUUGUUAGAGUAAUCACAGCAAUUAAAGUAAAGGGUAUGAGAUAUGAACUCAUUGGAUCAUCAAUUAUGCAUUAUUCGUCUAAAUGGCUUCCGGGUUUGGUGACUGAUACGACGAGUGCUGGUGAGGAAGGAAGUACCAGCACCACGAGUAACACGAGCAGUGGCAGCAACAGUUGGAAAGGUGGGCUUCAUAUGAUUGUGGCUGGUAAUAAGGAAGAUCCCUCGACGAUUCAAGCGAAAGAUCAACGCAUGAUCGUCGAGAGCUUGAUCAGUAUCAUUCCUCCACAGAAAGAUUGUGUCUCCUGUAGCUUCCUUCUAAAGUUACUUAGAAUGGCAAACAUGUUGAAAGUUGCACCAGCAUUGGUCACUGAGCUGGAGAAAAGAGUUGGAAUGCAGUUUGAACAAGCUACACUUGUGGAUCUUUUGAUCCCAUCUUACAGCAAGAGUGAUACAAUGUAUGAUGUUGAUCUUAUUCAGAGGCUGCUAGAGCAUUUUCUUGUUCAAGAACAGACCGAGAUUUCGAGUCCGAGCCGACAAUCGUUUUCUGAUAAACAUAUGAAUGAUGGAUCUCAAAGAGGCACUGCUCCAAAUGCUAAGAUGAGGGUGGCAAGGCUUGUUGAUAGUUACCUAACAGAGGUGGCUAGAGAUAGAAACCUUACCUUGACAAAGUUUCAAGUAUUGGCUGAAGCUCUGCCAGAAUCGGCUCGAACGUGUGACGACGGGCUUUACCGAGCUAUUGAUUCCUAUCUUAAGGCACACCCUACGCUAACUGAGCACGAGAGGAAGCGACUAUGUCGAGUAAUGGACUGCCAGAAGCUGUCCAUGGACGCCUGCAUGCACGCAGCACAAAACGAAAGGCUUCCAUUACGAGUAGUGGUUCAGGUUCUUUUCUCAGAACAAGUAAAGAUAAGCAAUGCAAUUGCGAACUCGUCGCUAAAAGAAGCGAGUGAUUCGCAGUUCCAAACGCUUGUAACGAACAGAAAAACACUGCUGGAAGCUACACCACAGUCAUUCCAAGAAGGGUGGGCAACUGCUAAGAAAGACAUAAACACACUGAAAUUUGAGCUAGAGAGUGUGAAGACAAAGUACCUUGAGCUUCAAACUGAAAUGGAAAGCCUGCAGAGACAGUAUGAGAAGGUUUCAAAGCAGAAGCAGAGCUCUGCGUGGACCAGUGGGUGGAAGAAACUGAGCAAACUGACAAAGAUGUCGAAUUUGGAAACCCCUGAAAAUGAAUCACAGCAUCAAAACAUGGGAGAACAGACUAAAAAAGUACACAGAAGAUGGAGGAACUCAAUAUCUUGAGGAAUAAGUAUAUCAGGGUGAAAAUGGGAAUUCACUUUCUCUUCUUCUUUUUUUUUUUUUUUACAGCAAUCAAUCACCUUCUGCUGGUUGCAAUAGGCUUAUAUAAUUCAUCUGUUUCUCAAAUUUGUAGUGGUUUCUUUUCACUCCUUGGUGACUUUUGUGCCAUUAUUUCUAAGAUUUUUUACUGGUGAGAGUGGGAGGUUAGUCAUAGUUCCUGCAAUUGGUGAAAAAUAAAGCACAUUUCUUUUACUGGUUUAA